AUGGGCUACAUUUGCACCAAAACCAUGAGGAAGGUGGUGCGGGUCAUCACGGAGAAGUACUACAGUUGCCUGAGCAAUGACUUCCACACCAACAACACUGUGUGUGGGGACAUCGCUGUAAUUCCCAGCAAGAAACUCUGCAGCAAGAUAGCAGGCUGGCUCACGCAUCUGAUGGGCGGGAAUCAGGGAGGUCUGGUGAGAGGUAUCUGCAUCAAACUGCAGGAGGAGAGAGGAAGAAAAGAUAAUUAUGUCCCUGAAGUCUCAGUCCUGGAGCCGGAGAUCAUCGCGGUGGAUCCUGACGCGAAAGAACCAUGGAGGCCUUUCUUUGGCAUUCUGUGA